AUGAUAUUCGGUCUGUUUUUCAAGAUACUUGGUGUAAUACUUUUCAUAUUCAUUAUAUUCAUAAUAUUCCUAUGGAUAAAGGUUAAGGAGUUCCCGCUUGUGAUCAAAUCGAAGGAUAAGAGCCUACCAUUUGCGAUAGGUGAGGACAGCAAGGGUGGUGAAGAGGGCGGUGGCGGUGAGGGUGGCGAAGGUGGCGGUGAUGCUGGCAAGGGCGAAGAAGGCAAAGAAGGCGAAGAAAAAAAUGGUCUUAAGGGGCCAAAUGGCAGAAGCAUGGCAAAUAAUAUGAACAUGUUCAAUAACUAUUCUGCGCGAAACUAUGGAAGUAUGGCAUAUCCGGCAUCCAAUGCUAAGGAUGCUAGUACGAGUGCCUUACUUGGCAGCUCAGAAAAAGGCAGACAGCAGGAAGCGAACAACAAGGAUAUCACAAGCAAUUAUCUUGCUGCACAACCAAGAAAUGUUGGGAACAAGCUCAUGAAUAACAAUAAUCUUGUUGGUGAUCCGGCAGAGUACAACAAUAUGAACAAUUACCUGUACAACCCGAUGGGCGUGUAUGAUAAUUUGUAUAGCGCGCCUCAGCCCGGUAGCAAUUACCUGAUGAAUUACGGACCGGGCGUAAAUGGGUCUGAGCUGAUGAAUCUUUAUGGACAGGAUGGAAGGAUGGACGCAUCGUUUAAUCCUAAUAAUGCCAAUUUAGCCGAUAAAAAGAAGAAA